ACUAGCUGUCGCGCGAGACUGUGUCCGCGUGAAAAACGUUAAUUGGAAUUGUUACGGUUUUAUUAAAAAUAUAAAUUACUUUACAAGCUAGAAAUGGAAGAUCAAUUUCAACUUUUGUUUGAAAAAAUGAAAAAUGAAAUGCGAAAUCAAACAGUUGAACUAAAAGAAUCUAUAUUGGAGAAAUUAGACGAAAAACUACAACCAAUCAUAGCAGAAAAUAAAAUCUUAAAAUCAAAAUUGGAAUAUCUUGAGAAAGAAAUAGAAAGCCUGAAAAGAGGAAAUAAGCAAAGUAACCUAAUAAUUUACGGAUUGGCAGAAGAUGAAAAAUCUACACAAGAACUAAUUCAUAAAGUGAAGGCAAUAAUCAAAUCCGACUUGGACCUAAAUUUUGAAGAAUAUGAGGUAAAUAAAAUUUAUCGAAUUGGAAAAAAACAAAAUUCAGGUAAUAAACCAAGGCCUAUCCUAUUUUCCUUUGUAAACGAAUGGAAGAAAAGCGAAGUAAUGAAAAGAAAGAAAAAUUUUAAAAACGUGUAUGUGUCUGAAGACUACACUAAAGAAGUUUUAGAAAAAAGGAAAAUGUUACAGGCGCAACUAACAGAGGAGAGGAAAAAAGGUAAUAUCGCCUAUUUAAAAUUCGACAAACUAAUAAUUAAAGAGAAACCAAGUAGCACAAACAAUGACAAAAGGAAAAGAGAAAUGUCAACAUCACCACAACAAAAUACACAACCAAGAAAACAACAAAAUGUAAAAACAUCCAAUACCAACAGACUGAAUGCUUAUGACUUGAUGAGGAUUAGAUCUAAUUCCCUUCCAUCUAAUGCAAGUACAAUAGCAAAUAAGCAAUGACAACUAACUAUCAAUAACCCGUACGGACAACUAACACCAAAUAAAAAUAAAAAACAAAAAUUAAAAUAUACAAACUCAAAUCUUCCAAGACGGCUGGUCACCGAGGAAGAUAAUGACCACUACCUUCCAAAGGAGAUAAAUUCAAAUUUAUCAAAAAACUCAAUAAUCUUGGAACAAAAGAAGUUCUACAUAACUACCUACAAUGCUCGAACACUAUCAUCACACGAACGAAUAAUUGAACUAACCGAAGCCCUGUUAAAUAUAAAGUAUGAUAUUAUUGGAAUAUCGGAAAUGAGACGCAUGGGCAAUGAAGUAGCAGAAUAUGACGAUUUUAUUCUCUGUCGUACAGGACAAACA